GGGAUUGGAUUGUAACAUGGCAAGCCAUCUCUGAUCCAUGCAGGAUUCAUGGCGUCUGUGGACCUAAUGGUGUGUGUACUUAUGAUCAUGUCUCUGGCCGAAGAUGCUUUUGCUUGCAAGGCUUCAAGAUGAAAGAUCAUAGUGAUUGGUCAUCUGGGUGCGAACCAGAAUUUAAUAUCUCUUGCGACCAUGGAGAUAAGACUACUUUUGUCCAACUUGCUCAUGUUGAGUACUAUGGCUCAGAUAUAGACUUCUUACAGAAUCUUACCUUCCAGGACUGUCAAGAAGAAUGCCUAAAUAGGUGCAAUUGCAAAGGGUUUCAAUAUAGAUUUAGCAUGGAAGAUGGUGGCUAUAACUGUUAUCCCAAGUCUCGGCUGCUAAAUGGACGCCGUUCACCAAAUUUUGAUGGAGAUCUUUAUUUGAGAGUACCCAAAGCUAGUAUUUCCAAUCACAAGGUGCUUGAUGAAGAAUUUAGAUUGCAGUGUUCGAGCAUUGUUUCUAAGCAAGAAAGAAGCACAUAUGAAAAUAAGACGGUAAAGCUUUUGCUUUGAUUCGCCACAGCAGUGGGAGGAGUGGAGUUGAGUUGUAUUGUCCUGAUCUGGUUUUUCUUGUUAAAAACAAGCAAACGUCCAGCCUCCACUGCACAAGGAUACCUAGGCCUAACAGCUAAAUUCAAACGAUUCACCUUUAAUGAGCUAAGAAAAGCAAUGCAAGGAUUCAAAGAAGUGAUUGGACAAGGAGCAGGAGGGAUAGUAUACAAAGGUGUUUUGUCUGAUCAACGAGUAGCAGCAAUCAAGCGACUCAACGAAGCUAACCAAGGAGAAGCAGAGUUCCUUGCAGAAGUAAACACCAUUGGGAUGUUGAACCACAUGUACUUGAUAGAGAUGUGGGGAUAUUGUGUAGAGGGAAAGCAUAAGCUCUUGGUGUAUGAAUACAUGGAGCAUGGAUCUUUAGCUGAAAAUCUUAGUUCUAAUUCACUUGAUUGGAAGAAAAGGUUUGAAAUUGCAGUGGGUGCUGCUAAAGGCCUAGCUUAUUUGCAUGAAGAAUGCUUAGAGUGGGUUUUACAUUGUGAUGUAAAGCCUCAGAAUAUACUCCUAAAUGCUGACUAUCAACCAAAAGUAGCAAAUUUUGGUUUGUCUAAACUACAAAGUAGAAGUGAGAUUGAUCAUUCAAGCUUCUCAAGAAUGAGAGAAACCAGAGGUUAUAUGGCUCCUGAGUGGGUCUACAAUCUUCCCAUCACUUCUAAAGUUGAUGUGUAUAGUUAUGGAAUUGUGCUGUUGGAAAUGGUAACUGGAAAAAGCCCAAAUGUCAUGCAUACUACAGACAAUGGAGAAAUAAGAGAGCAUAAAAGGUUGGUCAUGUUGGUAAGGGAGAAUGUUAACAUUGGAACAACUACAAAGAAGUCAUGGAUUGAAGAAAUUAUAGAUCCCAUGUUGACUAACAAUUAUGACAAGGCUAAGAUGGAACUUCUAGUCAAAGUGGCUUUGCAAUGUGUUGCAGAAGAUAAGGAUGAAAGACCCACCAUGACUCAGGUGGUAGAGAUGCUUAUGAGCCAUGAGGAUUAAGAUUGUUGGGAAAGUAGUUUAGAAAUUUUAUGUAAUAGAAAAUACUUUUAACUUUUUCAAUGUAUUUUUCUUUUUCUUUUUUUGUGAAAAUAUAGAUAUGAGUGGAGUAAUAAAUGUAUUUAUCCAUCCUUCCUUAAUCCUCAUUGCACUACAGAUUUUUUUA